AUGGGCUUCUUCACUGAUUCGCAGUUCGACGAUACCGUUCCGGGGACGUUGGUGCUGGUGGACAUCGACCACCGCCUCGACGUGAGACAUGCUAAAGGCAACAAGUCUGAUGUGGUCUUGCACCCUGCGCCGACCGACGACCCUGACGACCCUCUCAACUGGUCGAGAUGGAGGAAACUGGCUCAAGUCAUCUGUGUCAACAUGUACACCUUUAUGAUUUCAUACGCGUCGGGUGUUCACUACUCCAUCAUCGGUCCCAUCAGCAAAAGCAGGGGCAUCCCCGUGUCUUCAAUCGUGUCGGCGCAGGGCUACCUCUUCCUCCUCAUGGGCUGGGGAAAUCUGAUCUGGAUCCCCAUGGCACAGAAGUAUGGCAAGCGACCCAUGUACCUCCUCAGUCUCAUUACCACGCUGGGUAUUAUGCUCUGGCUCCCACACAUCAGUUCUGGGCCGGAAUGGAUCGCCAGCAAAAUCCUCCAAGGCUUCGUGGGAGCUCCAGUAGAAACCCUGAUUGAGAUUUCGAUUGCCGACGUCUUCUUUGUGCACGAGCGGGCAAAACACAUGGGCAUUUACGCUUCCAUGGUCUUUAUCGGAUCCAAAGUCGCGUCCUUCUUGGCUGGCUUCAUCUUUGACGGACAGGGAUGGGAAUGGGUCCCGUAUUGGUGUGUCAUCUUCAUGGGACUUUCGAUUGUGUUCUGUUUCUUUUUCCUAGAAGAGUCCAACUACGUCCGUCCUGCGCCGCAGGAGAGUGUGGCGCCGACAAUCAGCACGGGGCUGGCUGAGGAUCCAGAGGCCGCGAGCAAAGAAGUGGGUGUCCAGAUCUCGACCACAGCGACGAGUACUUCCUCGGGCGAAUCUCGAGCGCCCAAGCCCUUCUGGAGUCGACUCAAGCUGUUCCGCAAGCCCGAGAAGGUCUCGUGGCAGUUGAUGGUCCUUCGCCCCCUGAAGCUGUUCCGUUUCCCCAUCGUCUGCUGGUCCGGCUUCACGUAUGGCUCCUUUUUGUGUCUAUAUACCUUCUUCCAGGCCACUGUUUCGCUGGUGUUCAGCGGAGAACCAUACAACUUUUCAGCAGGUUCGAUCGGGAUCACAUACCUGGCACCGCUCGUGGCUGGUCUCGUCGCCAUGUUGUACUGCGGACCCUUCGAGUCUUGGGCCGUGCUACGCAUCGUGCGCCGUCGAUCCGGCAUCUGGCUGGCUGAGGAUCGGUUAUGGCUACUGCUCAUCUGCGUCGUCACCAGUCCCGGCUGCUGUCUGCUCUGGGGCCUGGGCGCCGCGUACGAGGUGCACUGGUUCGGACUGGUCUUUGCCACCUUCCUCCUCGGCUUCAGCAUCUCCGUCGGCGCAAGCCUCGCCAUCACGUACUGCAUCGACUCCUACAAGGAGAUUGGCUCCGAGGCCAUCGUCACCGUCAUGCUGAUCCGCAACACGACAAACUUUGCCUUCAGCUACGGCACGAGCCCCUGGCUCAGCGACAUGGGGUACCGCAACGCGUACAUCCUGGCCGCCGUCCUGUUCUCCCUGCAGGCUCUCACGACUCUGCCGAUGAUCAAGUUCGGACCCCGUCUCCGCAAGGCAAGUCAGGACAAGUAUCAGUAUUACAUUGAGCAGGAUAAGGACCACAGGGCUCUUCACUGA